AUGGCCGACGUAAAGACCUCCUCCGACCCCCCACCCGACUACACAAAGGCCACCGAGCACCUCACCCGGCCACGAGCACCCUCCGCCGCUGCCGGCGGUCCCGGCGGCCCACGAGGGCCGCUGCCCCUCAACCUCCCCGUCCUCUCCUACCUCAAAACCAAGCGCGUGAUCCUCGCCUCCGCCUCUCCGCGGCGGCGCGCCCUCCUUGCCCAGAUCGGCCUCAAGGACCUCGAAAUCACACCCUCUACGAAGCCCGAGGACCUCGACAAGUCAGCCUACGGCCCUUACGAGUACGUCUCGGCCACGGCCCGCCAAAAGUGCCUCGACGUCUACGAGACGGCCCUGCAGACGCACCUCGCCUCCAUCCCGGACCCGGACCUCGUCAUCGCCGCCGACACCGUCAUCGUCACCCGCGACGGCCGCGUCCUCGAGAAGCCGAGGAGCGAGGCCGAGCACAUCAAGAUGCUGCGCCACCUGCGGGAUACCCGCGUGCACAGGGUCCUGACGGCCGUGUGCGUCGUCGCGCCGCGGGAGGACGCCAGGUCGCCGGGCUACGAGAUCUGCCAACACACGGAAGAGACCAAGGUUUACUUUGCGCAGGAGGCCAACGGCCUGCCGGACGACGUCAUCGAGGCGUACGUCAAGACGAGGGAGGGCGCGGAUAAGGCGGGCGGGUACGCCGUGCAGGGCAUGGGCGGCAUGUUGCUCGUCGAGAAGAUUGAGGGCAGCUUCGAUAACGUGGUUGGCUUGCCGGUGCGGCAGACGCUGGCGCUGGCGGAGAAGGCCAUCUUCAAGCAGGAUGAGGAGGAGGUCGCAGAGGACGAAGAAGAGGACCUGAUGUGA